AAGUGCUGGAUUUCCGGUUCAACAAAUCUUGACAGCAUAUUAAUUCACGUAACAUGUUGGACACAUCUUCAAGACAUAAAGUCCACUCAACCACUCCCCCCCUUAAUUUCAGCACCUACCCUUCUUCCUCCCACAACUAUACACACACAAAUACUCCUAUACAUACACAAUACACGCAAAUCCUCUAUCUGAACUAACAGCUAACCCCACAAACCAAUCAUCUGGGGUUGCUCAAAAAUCACUGAAUCAAAAUGGGUAAUCGUCUGAUUCGAAUGACAAAGAGAGAUCACGGAGAAAAUAAUAAUGGGUCAAAAAGCAAGAGAAUGGGUCGAUCUCAAAGAAAAAUGGCGGCAGAAGAAGAGAUGUUGCAUAAACAAGCUCUGGCUAUGGCUAUUCACCAACACCAACUGUCUCAAAGAUUUGAGGGAUCCAUGUCCAGGCGAAUUGGAUCUCGCCGCCGUAAUCAGACAGAGGCUAACAACGUUAAUAGUGGACCUAAAAUGUUACCAGAAAAUUUGGAAAAUAUUAAAACAAAGAGUAUUGUUUUAGUUCAUGGUGAAGGAUUUGGAGCAUGGUGCUGGUAUAAAACAAUUGCUCUCUUGGAGGAAUCAGGUCUGCUUCCCACAGCUUUAGAUCUCACUGGAUCUGGAAUUGAACUGACAGAUACAAAAGAUGUCAAUACUAUAGCAGACUACUCAAAGCCACUAAUUGAGUACCUCCAAAACCUACCAUUAACUGAGAAUGUCAUUUUGGUUGGCCACAGUACUGGAGGGGCCUGUAUUUCCUAUGCCUUGGAUCAGUUUCCCCAAAAAAUCUCGAAAGCAAUUUUCCUUUGUGGCACAAUGGUAUCUGAUGGUCAGAGGCCUUUUGACGUGUUUGCUGAACAGCUUGGUUCUGCAGAACUUUUUAUGCAGGAAUCUAAGUUUUUAAUACAUGGGAAUGGGAAAGAUCAACCUCCAACUGGGUUCAUGUUUGAGAAAGAGCAGAUGCAUGGAUUAUAUUUCAAUCAAAGUCCUUCUAAGGAUGUUGCCUUAGCCAUGGUUUCUAUGAGACCCAUCCCUCUUGGUCCGAUCAUGGAGAAGAUGUCUCUGUCACCAGAAAAGUAUGGAACUAGUCGGCGUUUUUAUAUACAAACACUAGAGGAUCAUGCACUUUCACCAGACAUCCAGGAAAAACUUGUCAGAGAAAACCCACCAGAAGGGGUCUUUAAAAUUAAAGGCAGUGAUCAUUGUCCUUUCUUUUCGAAGCCACAGUCAUUGCACAAAAUUUUGGUCGAGAUUGCUCAAAUUCCAUAGCGCUGGACACAAAGUACCCAAUCUGCAACAUGUUUAAAUUGUUUAUAUUCGCCAUUUGUCAAGUGGAGAUGAAACCUGGAGAGGGAGUUUCAAUACACUCAGGAACUGAAAAUACAAAAAAAAAUACGGCCCUGGGAUGGUCCUUUUCUUUGCUCUAGUUGCCAAGACACGAAAGAAACUAUGGAAGGGAGAAGAACUUUUGGAGGCAUUUUCUAAUGAUAUUUCCUGAAAGUUACAUUCCACCGAUGUGUACCUGACACAGUGCCAUGUCAUUUUUUUUUUGCUAGAUUCUACAUACAGUAGUGGAAGUGAAUAGCCAAGCUUGACUACAUCUACAUGUGCAUUACACAAAAAACUAACCAUUGUUUGCAAUUAAAUCGUAAAUGGUAAGGCGUAUUAGAGAAUGAA